AUGAUAGUUGAGAUGAAGAAGAAGAAGCGAAGAGUUCUAGAACUCGAACUACAACUGGAAAAACUCUGUCAACAGAGAUUCUCAUCCUCUACAGAUCGACCACAGAAUGUCAUCAAUCAUCCUGCCACCUCUACAGCCACAUGGAAUCCUAAUCUCAGUGAAAGGUUGGAAUUCAACCUUUAUGAACUGGAUAGCUGUGUUGGCAAGGCAAUCUCCCAAUUCAAGGAAGAUGUCAAGAAUACUAGAAACAACAGACUCAGAACCCUCUACAAAGAGAUGAUGAAUGAGCAUCAUUCUGAGACACCAGAAACUGGUGUCAGACCACAUUUCUCCAAAUAUGAUGAAAAUCAGAUUGCUUAUACUCUAUGGAAUGCAAUUGAACAGGAAUACUCUGUCCUCAAAACACAGUUACACUGUGAGGCAGUUCUGGAAUUCAUGUCUCUUGGUGGCACACAGGUCACCAAUCUACACACAUUCUUUGAUAAGUUCCGGUCCGCCAUCAUAAAAUUGAAGAUGUUGAAUGCUUCCCCCCCAGAUGCAUGGAUAUUUGAUAUCUUCUACUCAGUCCUACUCAACAAUUGGAGGAAUUAUGUUCAGAAGAAGAUAGAGGAGAUACAGGAUUCCAAAUCCACAGCUGUGGUAUUGAAUGUUGAUCUUCUCAUGGAGGAAAUCCGUUCGCGGCUUGAUUCUCCAAAAGAUAAAAAGAAUCUACAGAAUACAGAUUCUGCGGCCAACUCUGCUACAACAGCUACAACAGCAACUACAGCUACAACAACCACUACACCUACCAAUUCUAACAACAAUACAUCGAAUUCGGCCCGUGGAGGCCGUACUGGAUGUGGUUGUGGUAGUACUCAAGGGGGCUCCCGAAACCAUCGGGGAUCGGGAAACCCACCUACAUGUCCUGAAUGUGAGAGAUCUCACUUUGGCAACUGUUGGUUGGCCAAUCCAGACAGUGCUCCAGAUAAUUGGAGGAUCUACAACACUGUGAGGAUAAAGGAAUUCAAAGAAAAGAAGGAAAAGAACAAUAGUGAGAGUGAGACUCAACUAUCCAUUACAGAUAGUUCAGAGACCUUUCAGAUGGCAAACCUCACAGAGGUUAUCAAUGUGCCAGCCUGUUUUAUGGAAUCUCACAAGGAUCCCUCCAACGGGCGUUUAUACAUAUCAAAAGACGUCAUCUUCCAGGAGGACCUCCAUCUUGCCAAUCCAUCAAUACCGACUACUCCACACAACCCGAAGGUCCUACUCAAUGCGGCUCAUAAAGCGGCUGCGGCGAUUCCUUCAGCGACACCAGGCCUACCCACUGCAGCCCGUCAAGAGACUGCAGCGAUUCCUGAUCCAUCAAUUGAUAAUCUAUUCAUUGAUGAGGAAAUUCGACCUGAGUGUCCAUUAUUUCUCAUACCCACUAAUAAUUGGUGGAUUGACUAUGAUAUCUCCGCGAGAAUACCUACCCUUUUAGUGCAGAAUACACUGAACUCCCCGAAACCCACAGUUGAAUCUGAUGACCCUCCGACAUCUACAAGAGAUAUCACUAUAGUGAGGGAAUCAACAGUGGGGGAAUCUUCAGUGAGGGACAGUCUUGAAGACCUACUCACCAAUCCCGAGAUUGCUGCACUUCCGAUCCUGAAAAACCUCACACGCGCCAAAGCUUCCAUGGAAUGGAAGUAUUAUUACAAGGCCUGUGUUAAAGAGGUCAACUGUUUGAAAUAUAUGCAUUGAAAAGAGAAUAUAAAGAAGAUAGGGAGAUAGAGGGAUAAAAAAUGAUGUAUAUCAUGACUGGUUUUUCAUUGCUACACAUUUUCCAGUCAUUUUUUGUACCUGUACUUGAUUUGAAGGCGAAUUUUGUAUAUAGCAUUGUGUAUAGUUACUCUGGUGAGUGGGGGUGUCAGGUCAUGUGAUCUGGCUUACUAAUCCUUCCACCAUAUAACUUUCCACA